AUGGCCAGCCUAUUCAUCUGGUGUCAAGCCUGUCGACACGGAGGACACGCUAGUCAUCUGGUUGAAUGGUUUUAUGGUUGUGCGUCCUCCUCAGCUGACGUUGAGCCACAUCCUCAAUGUCCUGUCAGUGGAUGCCAGUGUCGGUGUGCCAGUUUGGAUUCCCUCCGACCCGUCGCAGCGGCACGCGUUCCUUCACGAUCAUUUGACAUCGAUUUGGCCCUGGAAAACGAGGAUCAGCCUAUAUCAUCCACAGAGGAGGAGGGGGAGGAAAGUGAUGUGGAUCCAAUUGGUUUAGAUGACCUUAUACUUCAAAGCUCUUCCAACCGUGUUCCUGAUCCAAUUGAUGGCCAACUACACCUCAUAAAACCAAUUGAUAUGGAGAUAUCCACAUUAACUAGUAAAUCUACUCAUUGA